UACGAACAAAGAUUUAUUUCCUGCAAAUUUUGACAUAAGUAGCUUUCCUGCCAACAUCUCUUUCCUGGAAUCAUAAUAUAACAAAAAUAAAAGUUAUAUCAAUAAAAUCCUGGGUCCUUUCUUUUGAAAAAAACGCACUUGCUUCAUACAAAGACAUCGAUUAGAAAUGAGUGUGGUAAACGAUAAGCUGAAGCUUGAAAAUAUCCGAUCUGCAUUAAUCCGUCAGGAAGACACUAUAGUUUUUGAUUUUUUGGAGCGUGCUCAGUUUCCUGUAAAUGAGAAAGUUUACAAGAAAGGAAGUGAAGGUUGCUUGAACUUGCAGCACACCGAUAAAAGCUUCUUAGAAUUUCUUUUACACGAAGAAGAAAAGCUCUAUUCGCUUGUAAGACGUUAUGCCAGUCCUGAAGAAUACCCUUUUACAUCUGAUCUACCUGAACCCGUCCUACCCGGUUUUAAGAGAGCAUUUCCACUACAUAAGAACAAUGUGAAUGUAAAUGCUGAAAUCUUUGAUUACUAUGUGCAGGAAAUCUUGCCAAAGAUUUGCGCCAAAGGCAAUGACUCUGACAAUUAUGGCAGUACAGCAGUGAGUGAUAUCCGAUGCCUUCAAUCCCUAUCUAGAAGAAUCCACUAUGGAAAGUUUGUUGCUGAAGCGAAAUUCUUGGCUAAUCCUGAGAAAUACAAACAACUGAUUGAAGCUCGUGAUUCAGAAGGAAUUGUAAACGAAAUUGUGGACCCCGUUCAAGAAGAACGAGUUUUAAAACGUCUUCAUUAUAAGGCUUUAACUUAUGGUCGUGAUUCGGCAGACCCUACCAAGCCAACCGAUAAAAUUAAUGCUGAUACUGUCGUCUCCAUAUACAAGGAAUACGUGAUUCCCAUGACUAAAAAGGUAGAAAUAGAUUACUUACUCAACCGUCUCACAGACUAGACGCUGCUUGACCUAGUGAUCGCUUACAAUAAUUCCUAUCUGUGAAACCUUUUAACUUAUAGUGAAAUGAUGAUCAAUUUUGAAUUAUAUAAUAUUUUAGAGUAGUCUUAAACCGUCACUCCAUCACUCGACUCAUCAAAGAGCUUCUGCACAGUAUAAUCAUCAGAUGUCCUUUCUUAUGGUGUCAUUAUAAAUCUUCAUCUCGGCACCUGCGCGAUUGAGACCACAUUUUUCAUAAAAUUUAACAUUACUCUCGGAGCAAUCAAGAAUUAGCUUGUAGCAGUUCAUACUGAAUGCCAACUUCGUGAGGGUUUGAAUUAAAAGCUUGCCGAUGGAGCGAUUUUGGAAGUCGGGAUGAACGACAACGUCUUCUACGUGUGCACAAUCUCCGUUGCCACGUAUGAGCUUCCUUUCCACAAACAGAGUGGCUGUUCCAACCUAGAUGGAGUCAGUACAUAUUCAUCGAAAGCCAAACAUUUUCUUACUAUUUUAUGGGUUUCUUUAUCUUCAACGACUAUAGUAUAAUAAGUAUUAGGAGUAUCUUUUCGUAAUUCCAAAAAGCGUUUUUGAUAAGAAGCCAAGCUUGGACGAACAGUAGCAGUAACCAAGACAUCAAGGAGAUCCAAAUACUCUAUAAAGAAAAAGUAAGUAUAUAAAAGAAACAAAGCGAAUCCUUACCGUUGUUUAUGUCACUGAGAUACAAAGGGCGGACUGUAAUAUCUGUGCGACCGUUUAACACUUCAGCUGCAGGAGAUUCCAGAAGCGAUUCAUCAAACAAGCACUCUGAUUUAAUGCUCCCACUAGAUCCAUGAAUCUCUUCUUUUUGUUGAAUCUUAGUAGCAACACGGAUGUUCUUUGUAACCGCGGGAUGAUAUCCGAAGAGAGGACUCGUUUCCAAAAACGCAAACAAGGGUGCGAAAAAAAUGGACUGCACAAGAUUAUCAAGAAGCGCAGGUCUCUUCUUUUCAAAGAAUCCAUGACCAAUAAAUUGCAUGAUCCAACUAACAACAUGCAAGAAGAUAGCAGUCGAAUUGACUGUGGAUUGAGACCAACGCUGAAACAGCACUUUCGGUAACAGAAUUGAAUACAAAUAGAGAGAAG